CAUGUCAAGGAUCUGUCAUGCAUAAACAGGGAUUUGAAGAAGGUCAUAGUCAUCGACUGCAACAAAAGCGCAGCGAAGUAUAAUGAACGAAAUGCAAUAAUAUUAAAGAAAUGGGAAGGCGAUCCAAAGGACACGACCCUGUUUGAUUUGGUUCCUUUAUUACAAACUAUUGCUACAUCSAAUAUAGAAGACGUACGCACAGUUCUAGACUUUUACAAAAAUGAAGAAGACAUCGUCRCUGCUUUCAAACGAAAUCAGGCAAGACUACUUGAAGCAGAGAAAGCCAGACAAGAGCAAGCCAACCAAUCGCAAAGCUCAUCUUGGUCAGGUGUUUUUGGGCGUGGUCUCUUCGGAAAACCAAAUAAACCAUCAUGAAACAAGAAACAACAAGUAAACAACCCAAAGAAAUCUCUACUGACUUGCUAACGAAACUAACUUAAAUCAAAGAAAAGAGAAGCUAUGAAAACACACUUCAGUAAAUUUCUGCUUGUGAUUCAGUUUCAUCCAACAAAUCUGUUGUUGUCGAACCAGAGUCGCGACCAUAGUCGUUUGCGACUAAAAUCGUAUCC